GAGGGCAGUAGGCGUGGCCUUGUCCAACCAGCUCUGUCACAAACCUGUCCUACGCCCAAAACCAGCGGUAAUCGAGAAACUUUGGCUAAAUAAACAAUGAACUAGAUACAGAGGAACUAUAACAGAAGUACUGCAGGUUGACAGUGUAGCUACAAACACUUGUAGUCUGCCUACCGCAAAAACAAGAGUGUAAGGGAGAUCAGCCGGGCCUAUCUGAGGAAGUGAGACCCACGGAGUUCAGAUAAAAUGUUGCGUACGUCCACUGCAUUAACCAGUUUGUUCCUGGUGGUGAUGCUGUUCCUCUCAGGCUUGGACUCAUUCAAAAUAUGCUCCUACAACAUCCCAAAGUUCAAUAAAGCCAAAUCCUCAAACUAUAGGGUCAUCCACACCCUGACACGGGUCUUCUCACGCUGUGACAUCUCACUGUUGCUGCACGUUCAAGAUCCCGCUGCAGUAAGGACACUGCUUAAAUCUCUCAACAGGUACUCAGACAGGUAUUUAGGGAAGUUCAAAUAUGAGUCUGUGUCCAGUGAAGCUUUGGGAAAAGACCCUAAAGACCUCCAGCACUACACUUUUAUCUACAGAACACAGACUGUUUCUCUCAUUGGACAACACCAACACCAGAGCUCCAACUUUGUCCGGCCACCAUUUGCUGUGCACUUCCACAGCAACACGACAUUGGAGCCAGAGUUUGUCCUGAUCCCACUGCACUCAGAACCGACCCAAGCUGUUCAGGAAAUGGACAAACUCUAUGAUGUGUUUCUCGAGGUGGUCAAAAUGUGGAACAACACGAAUGUGAUGUUCCUAGGGGACUUCCAUGCUGGCUGUGCUUACAUGACUCGCUCCGACAAAAAGGACAUUCGGCUCUUCUCCAACACCAGCUUCUCCUGGCUAAUAACAGAUCGAAUCGACACCACGGUGACCGACCAGACCCAUUGCCCCUAUGACAGAAUGGUCGUUUAUGGAACGUCUUUCCUGAAGCAGAUUAAGCCUUUCUCAGCCAAAGUCUUCAACCCCAUCAAGAAUUUUAAAAUCCAGUCGAGACGGUUGGUGGAGGUGAGCGACCACUUUCCAUUGGAGGUCGAGUUGAAGAGUUCUGUGAUGUCACUGCUGCAGACUCAAUCCCUCUACUUCCUGCUACUGAGCCUCCACUUUUUGUUAGACCUGUGACAUCCCCUGGCUUAAUACUAUGGGAGUUUCAUGAAUUUAUCAACGAGAUACAUUCAUUCUAAAAGUGUGUUUUACAACAACCAAACAAAGCAGUAGUGACUUUCUGAUUGCUGUCAAGUAAUUUACUCCCAUGCCAUACAGCCUACGAACUGUAUCCAAUGCUUUUUCAAAACAAAAAAAAGUACCUUAACCUCAUACUUUUAUACUUAUACUUACCGGUAAUCUUGUUUUUACUUGUAACUUUCUUAAUUUUUCUUCAACUUGAGUUUUAUGGCACAUCUAUUCCCAUUUCAAUAUACAAUUCAUAAAUAUUUUUGUGAUUGUUGCAUUGGUUUUUUUUUUACAAAACAUUCUCAGGAUCAAAGCAAAUGUGUUUGUUUGUGUUACACUGUACAUAUGUAUUUGACCAUCUUUUAAUGGAUUUGAUUUUAGUAAAAUAUUCUUAUUCAUUUCUCAG